AUGUGCCUGACGGCCAUUCAGAAUGCGUCAGAAGUCAUGAAGGCGUUGGCAGGAGACGUUAUUCCCUGCUACUACGCAGAGUACUGUAGCGUCGAGCCGCGUGACGUCAACGAAAAGUGUUCGUUCAGUCCGAAUGUGUGCUACGAAGACUCUUGCUGCAUGUCUUUUGAGGUUCGGAUCCUUUUAAGAUACCACUUUUCGAAAAAGUCAUGAACAACCAGUUAACCCUGGAAAGAAGCGAAGAAUAAAAAAAACAAAAAUUCCUUUUCUAUGAGAUCGGCUUCGCUAAAAACCUGAUAGUACCGUAAAAAAAAAUCUAGGAUCUGUCUUCGAAAAAUAUAGUUUACAAAUUAUUUGUUUUUUAGUUUUUGUAGUUUACUUUUAACGGCGGAAUUUUAUUGAGAUCACAGUGAUAUCAUUAUUUUCAUGCAAAAAAAAAAAACAGGUGAAAAAAGUACAUCAGAGUUCUUCCGAUAUUUUCCUCGGUAUGGUCAAAUCUCUUCGAUUUUUACGAAUCAAAAAAUCAUCCAAAAUCCCUUGAUAGAAAAUAAAUGCUUAAAAGUUGGUAAUGCAAGAGUUUUGUGCUGCAGUUAAGUAUUGAUUUUGUGGAAUUCUAAAACAUUUUCCAAUAGAUUGGAACGUUUUCUAACUUGAUUGAAAGCAAUUUUACAGCAAUCAGCUCGUCUUUACUUGAGUCUAUGUUCUUUGAGAAAAAAAAAAGAAUUCAGACAGCAAUAUCCUGGCACUACCGAGCGGCCCAGUCGGUUCACAUUGGCUUCAGUGCGGCGGGGGUCAUCGCCAGCCUAGUUUAUUUGAUCCAUUUUUCUUCGAAACAUUUACUUCCUUUCAAUACUAGGGUAAGUAUAUGAUUUCUUUUUUUUUCGCAAAACUAAGCCAAGAAAAAUGGAGUCAAACGGAGAAGCUGCUAAAGACCAAAAAUAGUUUUAAAAAAAACAGAUAAACUGAAAAAUAAAAAUAAGAACAUUAUCAGACUCAUAAAACCGCCAAAUUAGCUUUUUUUAACGAGAGUUCUUAUUAGCCUUACAGCGCCAUGUGUAUUAUUUUUUUCGUCAUUCUUUAAUGUGUUUAUUUUUUCUUUGAUCACUUUUAUACUUUUCUUGCUAACAGUAACCAAGUUUGCCCAUAAUAUUUCAAUUCUCUUCAUCAAGCUGAUUAUUUUUUCAAGCAGUUAUUUUCCAGGUCUUCGUUUCGAUUAUGAUAAUAACUCUGAUUGUUCAUUCGAUGGACAUGAUCGUCAUGCAUGUGGGUUUUGCUUUUUUGCUCGAAAGGAAGCUAACUUUUAACCUUUUUCACCUCAACUGCUUCAAACUAAACAAAAACUCGUGUAAUAGGUGUUUGGAUAGAAGAUAACUGCCAAUUUGACUAUAAUUGUAAGGUUUCUUGGAAACGGUAGAUGAUUAUAUGGUAAAACAUCCUUAACAAACUUCAAUUAUUAGGAAAAAUGUGUUCUGGGAAUCGGUCAAGUUCAAACCAUUUCAACCAUUUUUUGUUUUUUAUUUCAGAAAAUCAAAUAUUAUCUGAGAAAUCUCAUAAAAAAACGCUUCAAAACGUCGAUUUCAGGUUAUCCACCUGCAACAGUCCUACGUGGCCAACGCCAGCGACCCAUGCAAAAUUCGGAAUCGCGUCGAUUUUUGUGCUCCCUACCGAAAUACCUAUUCUUUAUGUCUAUUCCUACUUGCUGUCAUUCAAUAUUCUUUGUACAUAGACCGACUAAUCGGAGUUUUCUGGCGAAAAUACAAUUCCUACAGUAAUUAUGUGCUCGCCGUGCUGCUCGUCCAGGCGGUUAGUCAUAUUGAAGCUCUUUUUUGUUCCAUAUUAAGCAAUUUUUCGCAUACCUUUUUUAAAUCAUUCUCAGUCGAAUCAGUCAUUAAAAUUCGUUUUAAAUCCCUUUAUUAGAAAAAAUAUUUAGUAUGGGUGAAGCCAAAUAGAAACUGAGUGAUAUGAUAGAAUUUGGCAGGAUGCCAGAAUUUUUAUAUGACCGGCAUCUGACGGAGCUAAAAUUUCAUUGAUUAAAUCCCAAUAGAGAAGCUAAAAAAAUUGAAAAGAAAAUCAAAAUGAAAGCUUUCUGGGGCCAGUCAAUUCGAAAAAUCGAAUUAAAAAAUUUCUUAAUUAUUCAAUAGUGUUUUUGAAAAUUUCAAGCAACUAAAUACAAAAAUAAUUGAACUUUUUUUUGGGAUUCGAAUACUCUGGCCCGAGAGCUUUGAAACUGCAAAACCAUGAAAAUAUUUUCAAUUUUUCCUCAAUUUUCAGACAAUAACACCAGUAGUUGCCGUCAGAUGGGUCUACCGAGAUGCCAACCCCUCGGCCACUCUUCUGUCCUGUAUAAACGUUCCCCUAGAUUCAAUCGUCGACAUGAGUAUGCUCACCGCCUUUUUAUUGCCAAUUAACUUCAUCUGCUUCUUCUUAUCCUUGUACCUCUUCUCGUCAUACAAAAAGACUCAACGAAGGUUUUGCCUAACUUUCUUAUCUCAAACUAAGUGAUGACUUUUGCAGAAGCCGCUUCGACAUUCAUCGUCACUUCCUGGCCGUGAUCGACGUCGACUCUUCCGAAUUCCUCAGAAGGACGACGGCGACUCAAGCCUUCAUGACCGUCGUGUAUCCCGUGGCUAUUCUGGUCGUCCGUUACACCUACGAAUAUGUUACAAGGCCAAUUCAUCUCACUUUGGCGACUAGUGCUUAUGUUCGUUUUUCAAAGCUAUUUUUAUCCGAAAAACUUGAAAAAUAUUAAAGACGUGUGAUUAGUAAGACGGAGAUUUCCAAAAAUACCUCUCCAAAUAAGUUGAUCACGCCUCAAUUUGGAAUAUCAAUAAAACGAGCGAUUUUCGAUAUUUACGAUUUCGAUAACCAGACUUUACGAUUUCGAUAACCAGACUUUUUUUUAUUAAAAAAAAGUUUUCAUCUGAAUUUUAAAGUUCCAGGACGCCUUUUUUUGCAUUUCAAUUAAAAUUUUGAUAAAGUUUAUAAAUUUUUAAAGGAGAGUGAAAAAAAGCUCAAAAUCUUGACCAGAGUGUACUCCGAGUGAAACCAAAACGAAUAAUUUUUUUCCCAGUUUUUUGCUGAAUUUAUGGAGUAAGAUUACGAUAACCGUGUGUUUUACGAGCCAGGUGUCUUUAAAAUGUCAUUCGACCUUUUCAAAAUUUUAUCACCUCGUGAAAUUUCCGGCAAAAAACUGAUUUCUUCAAAAAAAGCUUGACUCACAUUUCUUUCAGAUAUUCAGCUUCAUGUCCUUCCUCGUGCCGCUGGUCAUGAUCUAUUCCGUUCAAAAAUAUCAAUUCAUGAGGAAACAGAAGAUUUUCGACCAUUUAAGCCUGAAAUCGGUCGGAUCCGAGGGUUCUGACAAUUACUUCAAUGGAUUGAAAGAGCAAUGGGGCGGGCCUCCAGUCAAGACCAAGAAAUAA